UAAAACAUCUAGUUUAGUCUUUAAAGAUUACUUUGAUUUAUUUGAUAUAGGUGACUAUUGUGGUCCUGCUUUUACACAACCCCAAUGUUACAUCUCUUGCUUUGAUGGUGGGGACAUCCUUGAUGGCCUGUACCGUGACCAGCUACUAGCCAAGAAACAACCACAAAAUGCGUGUAACAUAACAAAAACAAAUUCACAAAUGAUUGACACAAGUUUUAACUCUUCAGAAAAAGGCAUAUAUUGUUGGGAUUCAAGACUCAGAAGAAAGACAGAAGCUCAGCCAGAAGAAUGCAAAGCAGUACAUGAUCUUGAAGAUGAUGUUUCUAAGGAGGCUAAUGGAAAUGAUGUCCAUGAUGCAGUCCAUGAUGAUGAUGAUGAAGUUUCUGAAGAGGCUAAUGUGAAUGCUAAUGCUUCUGAUGGUACUUCAAAAUUGGCUAAAGACAACAAAGAGCCGACGAUGUUCUGUAAUUCUUCUGAAAAGGAGUCAUAUUGGUCACUUGCGGAACAUGAACGUAAGACUCUUGCCUUGAUCGAGGAAUACUACACAUGUCAAAUUAAAAGACUUCAGAUGUCUUCAGAAACACGCUUGGAUGAAUGUGCUGUUUUGAAUGAUCAAAUGAUCAGUGCAUCAUGGAGUGAAGAUCACUCAGUUUCAUCUGAGUACAAGACCCAGUUUCAACAUGUUCAAGUCCACGCAGCCUGCCCAGAUGACAGUAUAGUCUGCAAACUGAAUGCAGAUUGCUCUACUAGAAGAGAAAGCGACGUCUCGAGUGAGAUCACAAGAGAAGUACAGGCCGAUAUUAUUCACAGUGUCGCCUCAGAGUACGACAAGACUGAAGAUGGAUACGAGGACUCGGAGGAUGACAAUUAUGACAGUGACUUUGAUGAACUUUGUGACUGCGAGUACUGCGUACCACCAAACACAGAGGAACCAACAAAAGCACUACUCCCACAACUAAAAUCCCACGAUACUGGGAAGAUCUGCGUGGUCAUUGACUUGGAUGAAACCUUAGUGCACAGCUCAUUCACGCCAGUGAACAAUGCAGAUUUCAUCACCCCAGUUGACAUUGAUGGAACAAUUCACCAGGUUUAUGUCUCAAAGCGACCCCAUGUGGAUGAAUUCCUCAGGCGAAUGGGAGAGAUGUUUGAAUGUGUUUUAUUCACGGCGAGCCUUUCAAAGUAUGCUGAUCCCGUGUCAGACGUCUUGGACAAAUGGGGAGCUUUUAGAAGUCGUCUCUUCAGGGAGGCAUGCGUCUUCCACAAAGGGAAUUAUGUCAAAGACUUGAGCCAUUUAGGGAGAGACCUCAACAAAGUCAUCAUCAUCGACAACUCCCCGGCCUCCUACAUCUUCCACCCGGACAAUGCGGUUCCUGUCGUAUCCUGGUUUGACGACACCUCAGAUAGCGAGCUCCUUGACCUGAUCCCGUUUUUUGAAAGACUAAGCAACGUAGACGACAUCUACGAUGUUCUGAAGGAACAGAGGUCACUGGGAUGAAAGGAAUUAUCAACACAGGUGUUGUUGCGUUGAACUUGCUCUCAUUAGAGCAACCAGGAAUUGGUUUAAAACAAGGACCCAAAAAGCACAAAGCAAGAGCUUGCUGUUAAGUCUUUUUGCCUUGGGGCCAAGUGGGGCAGCCACCUGCCACAUCCAGCAGAUGGUGCUAUGAUGGCUAAAACAAGCAGGGAAUGUAUGCUGUGAGAAGUUCUGUAUUAAGACAUUGCAAGAUGUUAUUUAAACCAUGUUUCUAUACAAAAUAUGUGCUUUAGAGCAAUUUUCAAUAAUGAUAGUUGCAAUGCAUGUGCAUUUUGGAGGGAAAACUUUCAAACAAAACAAUGGGUUAUGCUGUGGACAAAUAAAACAGCUAUGUACCAGUAAUUACUAGGAUUUUUACUAGAACUACAGUGGAAGGAAGGCAACAUUAGUUUGUACUUGGUUUACAGUAGAUUUGGUGUAAAAAAAAAUUUUUUUUUCAUGUUAUCAUUUGUCGUGUGCUUGGGGAACUAAUCACGUGUGAUGCUUGCGUGUACAAGCAC